GGAAGGCUGAGAGCUAUGGCUGCUCUGUGGAUUCCCGCCUUGGUGAUGUUUGCUGCAGGUGUUUGCAGCAGUCUGUCAUCAGAUUGCACAUAUUAUGGUCUGCUGGAACUCUUGAACCUGACGACAUCGAAUGCGGCUCUAGAAAUAAUGCGGCCGGUGAAAAACUGGAGAAACACCACCGUAGUUUACCUGGACAUGGUGCUGUACGGCAUUUUAGGGAUUGAUGAAAAGUCGCAAACUGUUACAGGUCACAUCUGGUUCUCCGUGUUAUGGACAAAUGAACUCCUGACCUGGAAUGCCUCCGACUUCUGCGGUAUAAAGGAGCUGGCUAUCCCAAAAUCAAGGCUCUGGAUCCCGGAUAUAAUCAUCAAAGAGGACACCUCCGAUAGCGGCAGCAUCCAUGAAGAUCCUUGGGUCAUCCUGCAUCCCAAUGGCGAAAUCUAUUCAUUCGCCCGCCAGAGGCUGACCUUCACCUGCAUCUUAAACCUCCACAAGUUCCCUUUCGAUAAGCAGAAGUGCAACAUCACCUUUCUAUCCAUGAACGCUGACGUGAAAACCUUGCUUCUCAGAUCAAGCGACAAUGGCUCCUCCACGUUGAUGCGGUCUGACCAGUUUAUGGCCACUCAAGGGGAGUGGGGUCUGAAAAACAUUGACAUUAUUCAUGAUUACUUGGUCGGUGGAGAGAAAAAUUCCAGCUUGCUUGUUUACACUGUGCUGCUUGAAAGAAAACCUUUUCUUUACAUCAUAAACUUUGUCGUCCCCCUGGUGUACCUGCUGGUCCUGGAUUUGGCUUCCUUCUUCAUUUCUGUGGAUUCAGGGGAAAAGUUUGGCUUUAAGGUGACAGUGCUGCUGUCCGUCUCCGUCUUACUGCUGAUUCUACAGGACAUUUUGCCGUCCACAGAAGACGACCUUCCGAUGAUUGCCAACCUCUGCGUCGGUGUGUUUACCUUGGUAUGGCUCAGUGUGCUGGAGUCCAUGCUGGUGAGCUUCUUAUAUAACCUGGAUCGUUGUUGCCAAGAAAAAAAUAAGAGCUCCAUCGUGGGGAAGGUUCUCAAGAAGAAGGCGACCAAAGGUCAAAAAGAGGGCGACUCAGAGAACGGAGAAGUCAAAGCAGAGCAAGGCGCUCUCCCUCUGGGUCAACUCGGCCAUGCCGAUCUGCUGAAACAGGUCCUGGAGGAAUUGAAGGCGGCUCAACAGGAAGCUGGAGGUCAGAGGUCGCCUGGAUUCUACACCAGAGUGGCUACAAUAAUCGACACCUUGUUCUUUGUUGGAUAUAUUUUGGCUUUUGCAGCCUUUGUGAUUUAUAUAUGUGUUGGAUGGGUUGACAUUUGAAGUGUUUUUGUCUGGAUUUCUUAGCCAAGCUUUUCUGCUUCCAAUCCACCAAAGGAUGCUUCUAAACUUUGGUCUUUCUUUAAAAAUGUGUCUUAAUAGAAAAAUAGUUUUUUGCUACAUUUAAAUGAAAUGUUUUCUUCUCUUUAUAAAUGACUGUGACACUGACUGUGGCUCAGUGACCUGCGUCAGGAAGGUUGCAGGUUUGAUUCCACCGUCACCUCAUCAUUUGUAAAAAAAAAAAAAACUAAACAUCAAGUUACCCACAGAUAUGCUCCA